CACAUUUUCUUCUCCUUGGUUCUAUUUCUCCUGUGAGGUGAGGUAAUAACACCGUAACGGCACUAUAGAUACUCUCUCUCUCUCUCUCUUCUCUCUUUCUCGGUCACUCUCGCAGCUUCGCUCUGGGAGGACGGAGAUCACCGGCGGGAUCAGAGAGGCGGUUUCUUUCGCCGUCGGACAAUUGCCGCCGGAGUGGACGGCCGAGAGCGAUCUAGGUACCCGUGCUGGAAGGGUGGCUUGGUGAGGAUAUAAGGGAUUGUGUUUUCUGAAACAUUCCAGAGAUAGUGCCAGGAGGCGAUUUGUUCGGGGAGGGGAGGCCACUUAUGCUUCUCUUUCACCGUCAGGGACGCUUUAGUCGUUUGGAAGUUUGUUGUGGAAAUUGUGGUUGCCUUUAGGCCCUUUACCGAUGGAAGCCGGGGUCGCUAGUCGGCCUUUCUUUUUCUCCCUUUCGCGUGAUCAGUGAUGGAGUUAGUUAACACGUGCGAGAAAGGCGUUUUCUCGAGACUUGAGAUAGUCUUCCUUUUCUGAAAAGGUCGAACCGGAGAACAGAUUUGCGGCAAGAGAAACUGGCCAUGGUGGGUGUGGAGGCAGUGAAGCUGGUUGCAGCAUCCACUUCUGUGUAGCGAGAGGUUGGUCACGGCUUGCCGGUUUCAGAUAUGGCGACCGAUAUGGACAGACCUUAUUGUGAGUGGUCUCGUGAGCAGCUAGCGGAUGGAGACGACACUCAGGGAGAAUCUGUCUCUGGGAUACUUGACCAAGGGUCCAUAUCUUUUGGAAGAUUUGCAGCUGAGUCACUUUCAUGGGAAAAAUGGUCGGUCUUCUCACAUAAUAGAUGUCAGGAGGAGUUGGAGAAAUUCAAGGCUCCUGGGCUGGUUGCUCAAAAAAAAGCAUAUUUUGAAGAGUACUACAAAAAAGUUAGAGCUCUAAAGAGAUUGCAGGAGGCCCAGCAGGAUGUCGAUAGACCAGAUUCCAGAGAUGUUGGCAGUGAUCCCACUCAAACCAACUUUUACCCAAAUGGUGAAGUGGACCAUCACCAACACGUCGAACUGCAGAAUUCUGAAAAUGUUGAUGGCUCUACUGCAUGCCUUCCCGAAGAGUCAGAAGGCUUUAGCAAUGAAAUCACAAGUCAGACUGGUCAAUGUAUAUUUAAUAGUGAAGCUGUUGAUCAUUUUGCAACUGAAGAGCCAAAAGCCGAUUCGUUAGACCCAGAUUUCCCUAAAUCUGAUAUUAAUGAUCCAAGCAAUUGUGUAAAGGAAGCGCUUAUGGUUAAUGAGCAGAAAUCUGGUGGCAAACUUGACGAUGUAGUCAAGAAUCAAAACGGAAGUUGUUUGACCAUAGCUGAACCUGCAAUAGUUAAUCAAGAAGAAAUUGCACGACCAAAAUCUCCCCCAACCUCGUGCAAAAGCAUUACGACAACUCAAGGAACCAAGAGACUUAGCAAGAUUGAGUUGAAUAUCAAGAGAUACAAGGAGCAGACAUCCCAUCCUAAGACAACGGCUUCUCUCUCCUCUCGAAAUACUAGAAACUUGGAAUCAUUUCAUAAGGUUCCUGCUAUUCGAAGUACUAGCCGUCGGAUGCUAGGGGAUAGAUCCAAGCCUGCAUCUCAAGGACUCAAAGAACCCACAAAAAACACAAGAUCUACCCAUUCAGCAAAUCCAGGGACAAGUUUAGCUUCCAUAGCUUCCAAAUCUGCCUCCUCAGACAGAUUGCCCACUGUUACGCAUCAUCCAUCUCUUCUAGCGGAGAGAAAGAGAUCUGUCACUUCUAAAAUUGAAAGCAAUUUAUCCAUGAAUCCUAGCUAUAAAUCUUCAAGAAGUGGGACAAGAAUGCCGGUUCAUGCAAAAGAGACAUCGCACAUACUGAACACGUCCAAAACAUUACGGGCUAGUGGCAAUGCUCAAAAGGCAGCCGCAGAUAGGAAAAGGAUUCCUGGACAUCAAGCUACAAAGCCUGGUGUUGUGGAUAGGCAUCAUAAUCAUAGUGGAUCUAGAAGAACAGUUGCGAACUGCAGAUCAGAGAUCAUCUCCAAUAUAGAAGGCAAGAAACCAAACGUGCAAAGGAGGACAGAGUUUAGGCUUGGAAGUGAUCCCAAAGAAGCAAAAGAGAGAUAUUUAAAGGAUGGCUCUCAAAUGGAAGAAGCUGCAAAUAAUCGAAAUCAGGCAAAGGAGAAAGAGAAAAAAGCCAAGCUGGCUGCUUCUGGGUCUACUAAGUUUACUGCGAGGCCAUUACCCAGUUUUUACAAGAAUAUACCUUCUAAUCCAGAAAAGCAAAAGAUGGCCCCAAGCGGGUCAGCUAACUUGCUACCAGGAAGUGGAAAAACCAGGCCACCAUCACGGCACUGGAGAUGAUUUAACAUGGAAGAAGGAGAAGAAAGGGGAGCCUUGUGUAAAUCUCGCUACAGAGUUUGCUCUUUUCUUUCCACAACUUCAUUAAGGGGCUAUAGAUAGAUCUGGUAUGAAUGUGCCUAUGGUUGGAGAGAUUCCAACAAUGAUAAAAGAAUCGUGUAUCAGGAGGAUUCUGUCAUUUUAGGGUAGAGUUUGUAGAGUUGUUGGAUACGAGUCCUCGGUUCAUGGUUCGAUAAAAGUAUCAUGUGUAAUAGCUUUUCCUCUUUGUUGACAUUAAAGGGAUGCUUCCGAUAAAGUGUCACUUGUAGAUCGAUUAUUCUACCAUCAGUAGCAUUCUUAAUUGAGUUGUGCAUA